AUGUUCUCGAUGUUAGAGUGUAUCUGCAAAAGAACAGAAGGACUGUUGUGUUCUUGCGUAACUUUUUCUUGCAGUUGCUCGUUUGAGGAUAAAAAGGACGCGUGUGAUGUUUGCAUUGGGAUCUUGGAAAACCUAAAAUUGGUGAAGGAAAGCGACUGGUUGUUACUGUAUUCUGAGUCAGUGUAUGAAACAUUCAGCAGACUGAGUCGAUGUGAGAUUAUGUAUGAACUCACGCUAGCUGCAAAAAAGGUCUGGAGAGAUAAAAACAUACCUGAUCGUUUGUCAUUAUAUGUCUAUUUCGCAAAAUUGUGCAAAAGCUAUCUCGAUGUUGCUGAUGAAGAAUCUUUCAAGAUGUGCGAGUCCAUGGCAAAGGAAGCAAAAUUCAUCGGGAAAGGUACUUUGGAGGACGACCAAUGGAAGGAAGCAUGUUACGCAAUCGAUGAAAUCAAAAAAAUUAUCUCAAAUGCACAACACGAGCGUGAAUUAAUUAAUGAUUCAAAUUAG